GAGAGACCCUAAAGGGCGGAGUUAUCCACUUCCUUUCUCCCCUUCAUUUAAUUGGGAUCUAUAGUGGCUCUGUGUUGAAUGGUCAGUCGCAGAGAGAAGGGGCAGCCCUUGGUUUAGGAGAAGCGUUUUGUUUGAAGCCGUGGCUCUAAAGGAGGCUUUGCUAUUUUGGGUUAGUCAGUCAAAGAGUGUCUUCAGACAGCUGGAGACAGAUACCCGCGCGCAUAGUCUCUUCAGACGGAGGUUGCUCUUCCAGUCUCUAGAAACGCGCAACAGAUUUCUCGUUAGUGACAGAGGGAUAUGCGCUUUUGGUUUUAAUGCCAUUGCUUGUUUUAAGCUCCUGCGCUCUGUUGAUUCUUCAAGACCUGUUUUUGACGUCGAAAUCUUUUGAGAAGACGUUUUUCUUCCGGAUUUGGAGAUGUUAUUGAGACCAUAAAAACGCAUGUAAAGGACUGUGACAGCUCAACAAAGGAAGCGACAAUCAUUUUGAGAGUUUAUUUCUGUGCCUGUCGGAGCCCAACAUGGAUACCAGCAAGAGCACAGUGUUCUGUGCCACUUUACUCAAACUUGCUGUGCUCGUUAUAUUGGCACGGCACGUCUCGGCGCAAACUCUGAAAUACCAAGUUUACGAAGAGCAGAAGGUGGGUACAGUUAUCGCCAGACUUCGAGAAGAUGUCGCUGAUGUUUUGUCCAAACUUCCGAGCUCGAUUCCGUUACGCUUUAGAGCCAUGCAGCGCGGCAGCGCGUCUCUUCUCUCCGUGCGCGAACAGGAUGGAGAGAUCAGCAUCAGGACCAAAAUAGACCGCGAGAAACUGUGCGAAAAGAAUCUCAACUGCACUAUAGAAUUUGACGUCCUCACCCUCCCCACGGAGCACCUACAGAUGUUCCACAUCGAAGUGGAAAUUCUGGACAUUAACGACAAUGCGCCACAGUUCACGCGCCCCGUCAUUCCCAUAGAGAUCUCCGAAACCGCUGCCGUAGGGACGCGCAUUCCCCUUGACAGCGCCACCGAUCCAGACGUCGGGGAGAACUCUCUGAACACAUACUCUCUGACCUCGUCUGACUUUUUUAUGAUUGAUAUUCUAACCAGAACCGAUGGCGCCAAGUACGCGGAGCUCGUUGUGCUUAAAGAGCUGGAUAGAGAGGUACGAGCGAGCUAUGAACUCCAGCUUGCAGCCUCAGACAGGGGCGUUCCCCCAAAAUUUGGAACAACGCUCCUGAAAAUCAGCAUAGCUGACUCGAACGACAACAAUCCGGUGUUUGAGAAGCCAUCUUACGUGAUCAACUUGCUUGAAAAUUCUCCUUUAGGUAGUUUGCUUAUCGAUCUGAAUGCUACUGACCCAGAUGAAGGGACCAAUGGGAAAAUUGUAUAUUCUUUUAGUAGUCACGUGUCACCUAAAAUUUUAGAGACUUUUAAGAUUAAUUCUGAUAAUGGUCAUUUGACACUGGUGAGGAAAGUAGACUUUGAAAGCACAAAUUCGUAUGACCUAGAUGUUCAAGCUCAAGACAUGGGUCCCAAUUCAAUGCCAGCACAUUGUAAAGUCAUAAUAAAAGUGGUGGACGUGAAUGACAACAAGCCUGACAUUAGUAUCAAUUUGAUGUCCACAGGGAAUGAGGAGAUAGCUUAUAUAUCAGAGACGGCUCCUGUAGAUACAUUUGUUGCUUUAGUGAGGGUGGAUGACCUGGACUCUGGGUUGAAUGGAGAGGUGGAGUGCCGUCUCUACGGCCAGGGUCAUUUCAGGCUGCAAAAGAAAUAUGAGAAGAACUACAUGAUCCUUACAAAUGUCACUCUGGAUCGAGAGAUAAGGUCAGAGUUCAGCUUGACUGUUAUAGCUGAAGACAAAGGCUCUCCAAGUCUGUCGACCAUCAAACACUUCACUGUUCAGGUCCAGGAUGAGAAUGACAACGUGCCAAAGUUUGAGAAGAGCAGGUAUGAGAUUUCCAAGGCAGAGAACAACUCACCAGGAGCUUAUCUGUCAUCUGUGAGGGCCUCAGAUCCUGACCUGGGCCCGAAUGGUCAAGUGAGCUACUCUAUACUUGAAUGUACAGUCCAUGGGAGCUCCAUCUCCACUUAUGUAACAAUUGACCCCUCUAAUGGAGACAUUUAUGCGCUACGUACUUUUGAUCGCGAAGAUGUGAGUCAGAUCUCGUUCUUAGUCCAGGCCCAAGAUUCUGGAAGUCCUCCGCUGCAUAAUAAUGUGACAGUUGUGUUGACCAUCAUAGAUGAGAACGACAACAGACCGGUCAUCACGAUGCCUCAGCUGUGGAACCACACAGCUGAUGUUCCAGUAUCCAAAUAUGCAGAGGUCGGUGAUGUGUUAACUAUUGUCCGCGCGAUAGACUAUGAUGCUGGUGCCAAUGGUGAUAUUUCGUGUUCUGUAGUAGGGGGCAACGAGGCAGGUUACUUCGCUAUGGAUGCUAAAACAUGUGAAAUUCAGACCAACGUCAGCAUGCAGGACAUUCCACAGGAUCACGUGGAGCUGACCAUCCUAGUGCAGGACCAUGGAGCUCAGCCCCUCAGCGCCAGAGCACUACUGAGACUUUCACUUUAUGAAAACAUUGAGAACCACAUGAACCCCCAUCUGACAGGUAGAGGAAGUGGAGAUGGCCCUCUAGAUGUGUCCAUGAUAAUCAUCAUCUCCCUUGGUGCGAUCUGCGCCAUUCUGCUUCUUAUCAUGGUGGCCUUUGCCCUUCGCUGCUCACGUGAAAAGAAGGACAUCCGCUCAUACAACUGCAGGGUGGCUGAGUCUACUUACCAACAGCACCCUAAAAAACCCUCACGGCAGAUCCACAAGGGUGAAAUCAGUCUGGUGCCCACUGUCAAUGGGACCCUCCCAAUACGGGCACACCAUCACUCACCAACCUCCUCGCCCGGACCUGAACGGGCCCACAUGGGCAGUCGGCAGAGCCAACACAGCCGCCAAUCACUGAACAGUUUGGUCACUAUUUCCUCCAAUCACAUCCCUGAGAACUUCGCCCUGGAACUUACACACGCCACGCCCCCUGUGGAGCAAGUCUCACAGCUCCUCUCAAUACUCCAUCAGGGUCAAUAUCAGCCGCGGCCCAGCUUCAGAGGGAACAAAUACUCUCGCAGCUACAGGUACGCCCUCCAGGACAUGGAUAAGUUCAGUCUAAAAGAUAGUGGGCGUGGCGACAGUGAUGCGGGCGACAGCGACUGCGAGAUGGGCCGUGAUUCGCCCAUCGACCGGUUGCUAGGCGACGGCUUCGGAGACCUCUUCCACAGCGACGGACACCAGCGUCUCCACCUAGCAGUCAUGAGAUUGUGUACGGAGGAGUGCCGUGUGUUGGGUCACUCUGACCAGUGCUGGAUGCCAUCUAAGGCGUCUUUGGAUUACCGUGUGAACAUGUACAUUCCCGGAGAAGAGAGCAGGCCUCAGGUCCUUGAAGAGGACCAGCAGUCAGUCGACUCAGCUAAGAAGAGCUUUUCUACCUUUGGAAAAGACAACGAGGAGGAAUGUGGCAGUUCUCUGCUGUCAGAAAUGAACAAUGUCUUCCAACGUCUCCUGCCAACUUCCUACGCUGAGGUCAGUGAGCUUGAAGGAUGCGCUGGGUUGCCCACUUCCCCCAUCGGCAUGGAGAUCAGAAAGGGCUUCUUGCCGGGUAAGGCAUCGUCUACAGGCCCUGCCUACCCUCAGGGUGUUGCUGUGUGGGCCGCCAACACUCACUUUCAGAAUCCUGGAAGUGCCGUGAUGAGUGGACAUGGCUCGACCAAUCACGCGGCAUCGCAGGCACAUUUAAAAUGGCUGCCGGCGAUGGAGGAGAUCCCAGAAAACUAUGAAGAGGACGACAUAGAGAGUGUGCUCAGCCAGCGGCAGGGAAAACGCAACGAAACGAGACACGAGGUUGUCAACGCUAGCGAACUGGUUGCUGAAAUUAACAAAUUGUUUCAGGAUGUACGCCAGAGUUAAACAACAAUCACAAAGGGAUAGUUCACCCAAAAAAAAUUAUUUGAUGUUUAUCUGCUUAACCCCAGGCCAUCCAAGAUGUAGGUGACUUUGUUUCUUCAGUAGAACACAAACAAUGAUUUUUAACUCAAACCUUUGCAGUCUGUCAGUCAUAUAAUGGAAGUGAAUGGGAAUCGGCUUUGAGAGUCAAAAAAACAUACAUAAAUAAAAAAAAAAAAUUAAACUCUGCGGCUCGUUACGAUACAUUAAUGUGUAAAGACACAAAUCUAUCGGUUGGUGCAAGAAACUGAAUGGUAUUUUUAUAGUGUUUUCCCUCUGAUUCACCGCAAUGUCCAAACUGUCCUGAGCGCGUUCUCAACAGCUGAUGCAUCAUGUGUCUUCUUCUUCUUCUUCUUGCUUUGUGGUGGAUCACAGACUUAUAAGUGCAUUACCACCAUCUAUCUCUCAAAUGGACCAUUGACACUCUAUCUACAAUCUCAGUUAGGAGUGUCAAUGGUAUCACAUUAAUGUAUCGUCACGAGCCGCAGGGUUUAAUUUGGUUUUGUUUGUGUAUAUUUUUUUACUCUCAAAGCCGAUUCCCAUCCACUUCCAUUAUAUGACUGACCAACUCCAAGAGUUAAAAUUCUUUGUGUUCUACUAAAGAAACAAAGUCACCUACAUCUUGGAUGCCCUGGGGGUAAGCAGCUUAACAUCAAAUUUUCAUUUUUUGGUGAACUAUACCUUUAAAGAACAUUUCCCUAUCUCUUUCUUUUUUUGUUCACUCUAUUUUUGUAGAGUGAACUAAUCAUUGAAAGGAGGAGAAAGGGAGAGAGUUCACCGCUGUAGCCUUGAUUGAGUCGCAUGUGGAAGCAUUUCAGUUAAUAUUGUUUACUUGGUAGGACUUUUGGUCUUUUGUACAAAAGUGAACACAAAGUGUAAACACCUUUUAUGUUUUUUUUACUCCGUAUUUAUAUAUGUGUAUAUAUGUGUUUGUACAGAAAGCAAUACAAAUGUCUAUUUUUAUACAGUAUUUCACUGCAUGUACCUAAAAUUAAAUUAAGAUUUGUUUGUAUACUUGAAAAUGUUUAAUAUGUGUUUGAGUGUGUGUAAGAAUGUGUGAGGAUGUUUUAAUCAAUACAGAUUUCACAGUAUAUACAAACUGUUGUUGGUGGUCCAGUCGUCUGUUAUGAUUAUUGUGAACAGCAAAAUACUCUUACCAGAAUGGUUUAUCCAUGAGUGACUGAAAAUUUUAUUGGGAUCUUAUAAGGAUUGUUCUCUUUGUCAGCAAACCUUUCUGUUACGAUUUUACAAUAAUGUUGCAUUAAAAACAUACAUUUGGAAAUA